AUGUCUGCCGCCACUGCCGCCGCCAAAAAGGCGAAAUUAUCCCAUCCUCCCCUUCCGUCAUUGUUGGAUCAAAAGGACAUUAUGGCCAACAUUUUUUCCUUUGUUGGCAUGGGCCACUAUGCCUUUGUGGCACCAGUUAGCCACGAGAUGAACGAUCUCUACAUCACCUAUUGUUUUGCUGUAGCUGAGAAGAAUUGUCCAAUAAUUGCGGCACCCGUAAAGCGAUCGGCAGCCGCUAAUGAGACACUGGACACUGCAGUUUUCUCCAGUGUUCCUCGUGCGAAGUACUGGUUCACCCACCAUUAUGCUGGAGAUAGAAAGUAUAAUAGCUCUUCGAUUUGUGCUGCAGCUGCCACAGGAGGCAGUGUUGCAGUUCUCCAAUGGGCCCGACACAAAGGAUUUGAUUGGGAUGUGGAUGUGUGCAGCGCUGCUGCUCGAUUUGGUCAUUUGGGAGUCCUCAAGUAUGCUCAUGAGAAUGGCUGUCCAUGGGACCAAACCACAUGUGCUGUUGCUGCGAAAUUCGGUCAUUUGGGAGUCCUCAAGUAUGCUCAUGAGAAUGGCUGUCCAUGGGACAAAACCACGUGUGCUGUUGCUGCAAAAUUCGGCCAUUGGGAGGUCCUCAAAUAUGCCCAUGAACAUGGCUGUACAUGGGAUGCAAGGACAUGUUCUGCAGCUGCCAAUGGAGGGCAUUUGGAAUGCCUCAAUUAUUUGCAUGAGAAUCGAUGUCCAUGGGAUAAAACAACUUGCUUUAUGGCUGCUUUGAGCGGCCAUUUGGGAUGCCUCAAAUAUGCCCAUGAGAAUGGCUGUCCUUGGGAUGAAGACACAUGUGCUAUGGCUGCAUGUGAGGGGCAUUUGGAAUGCCUCAAAUAUGCCCAUGAGAAUGACUGCCCGUGGGAUGAAACAACCUGUUCUUGGGCUGCCUGUGUAUGGCAUAUAAUUUUCGAUAUGAAAGUCCUCAAAGUCCUCAAAUACGCCAUGGAAAAUGGCUGCCCUUUCAAUGAAGAGGAGUUGCUGCGGGAAACCAGCGGGCGAACAAGAGUCUGGGUAGAAGAAUUCUUAUCUCAGCAGAGGAACGCCUGA